CCAGUGGGAGAGUGAGUUCCGCUACCAUGGUCUUCUCUCCCGGCAGAGCUGCAGCACCCCAGCCACGGCAGCAUGCCGGGCGGCAAGAGAGGCCUGGUGGCGCCGCAGAACACUUUCCUGGAGAACAUCGUCCGGAGGUCCACUGAGACCAGCUUCCUGCUGGGCAACGCUCAGAUUGUGGAGUGGCCCGUCGUCUACAGCAAUGACGGAUUCUGCAAAUUGUCUGGAUUUCACCGAGCAGAUGUCAUGCAGAAGAGCAGCACCUGCAGUUUUAUGUACGGAGAACUGACGGACAAGAAGACCAGCGACAAAGUGCGGCUGACCUUCGACAACUAUGAGUCCAACUGCUUCGAGAUCCUCCUGUACAGGAAAAACCGAAGUCCGGUGUGGUUCUACAUGCAAGUGGCUCCAAUCAGGAACGAGAACGACAAGGUGGUCCUGUUCCUGUGCACCUUCAAGGACAUCACGCUCUUCAAGCAUCCCAUCGAGGACGAAACCACCAAAGGUUGGACCAAGUUUGCGCGGCUGACCCGGGCGCUGACCCAAAAUCGCCCCGCGCUGCAACAGCUAGCGCCCAUCAGCAAGCAUGAAGUCAGCCACAAGCAGUCCAGACUGGCCGAGGUCCUGCAGCUCAACUCGGACAUCCUCCCUCAGUACAAGCAGGAGGCCCCCAAGACGCCGCCCCACAUCAUCCUGCACUACUGCACCUUCAAGACCACGUGGGACUGGGUCAUCCUCAUCCUCACCUUCUACACGGCCAUCAUGGUGCCCUACAACGUCUCCUUCAAGACCAAGCAGAACAACAUCGCCUGGCUGGUGCUGGACAGCGUGGUGGACGUCAUCUUCCUGGUGGACAUCGUCCUCAACUUCCACACCACCUUCGUGGGGCCCGGCGGCGAGGUCAUCUCCGACCCCAAGCUGAUCCGCAUGAACUACCUGAAGACCUGGUUUGUCAUCGACCUGCUGUCCUGCCUCCCCUAUGACAUCAUCAACGCCUUCGAGAACGUCGACGAGGGUAUCAGCAGCCUGUUCAGCUCUCUGAAGGUGGUCCGUUUGUUGCGUUUGGGCCGGGUGGCCAGGAAACUGGACCACUACCUGGAGUAUGGAGCUGCUGUUCUAGUUCUCCUGGUCUGCGUCUUUGGACUGGUGGCCCACUGGCUAGCCUGCAUCUGGUACAGCAUCGGAGACUACGAGGUCAUCGACGAGGCCACCAACACCAUUAAGAUGGACAGCUGGCUGUACCAGCUGGCCAUCAACAUCGGGUCGCCGUACCGCUACAACGCCAGCGGUUCUGGCCAAUGGGAGGGCGGUCCCGGCAAGGAUUCUCUGUACAUCACCUCGCUUUACUUCACCAUGACCAGCUUGACCACCAUCGGCUUCGGGAACAUCGCUCCCACCACAGAUGGGGAGAAGAUCUUCUCGGUGGCUAUGAUGAUGGUGGGAUCUCUACUCUACGCCACCAUCUUCGGCAACGUGACCACCAUCUUCCAGCAGAUGUACGCCAACACCAACCGCUACCACGAGAUGCUCAACAACGUGCGCGACUUCCUCAAGCUCUACCAGGUGCCCAAGGGCCUGAGCGAGCGCGUCAUGGACUACAUCGUCUCCACGUGGUCCAUGUCCAAAGGCAUCGACACGGAAAAGGUGCUCUCCAUCUGUCCCAAGGACAUGCGGGCUGACAUCUGUGUCCACCUCAACCGCAAGGUCUUCAACGAGCACCCGGCCUUCCGGCUGGCGAGCGACGGCUGCCUGCGCUCCCUGGCGGUGGAGUUCCAGACCACGCACUGUGCCCCGGGCGACCUCAUCUUCCACGCCGGCGAGAGCGUGGACACUCUGUGUUUCGUGGUGUCCGGGUCGCUGGAGGUCAUCCAAGACGACGAGGUCAUCGCCAUCUUAGGUAAAGGCGACGUGUUCGGCGACGUCUUCUGGAAGGAAACCACGCUGGCCCACGCCUGCGCCAACGUGCGGGCGCUGACGUACUGCGACCUGCACGUCAUCAAGAGGGAGGCGCUGCUCAAGGUGUUGGACUUCUACACGGCCUUUGCCAACUCCUUCUCCAGGAACCUCAUCCUCACCUGCAACCUGCGCAAGAGGAUCAUCUUCCGAAAGAUCAGCGAGGUGAAAAAGGAGGAGGAGGAGCGCCAGCGAGCCAAGAACGAGGUGCAGCUCACCAUCCCUCAGGACCAUCCCGUCCGCAAGCUCUUCCAGAAGUUCAAACAGCAGAAAGAGCUGCGGAACCAGGGCGGCGGCGCCUCCUCGCAGUCGGACGUGGACAAGAACCAGCACCUGCACGCUCACGGCCUGCAGCUGGGCCACUCCAGCCUGCAGCGAGCGCACCUGCAAAACGGAGCUCCGCCCAGCAGCAGCGUGCUCACCGUGUCUCAGGUGGUCUACAGCGAGACCCCCGCCAAACAGAACGACGCGCUGGACCUGCGGCCUGCUGAGCAGAGCGUCAGCUUAAAGGUGUGCACCAGCCCUACGCCGGCGCACACAAUGCUCAGGACCAGCGGCUGGAUGCGUCUGAAAAGCAACGUGGCGCCCCCUGAGGCACGCCAUCUUGACGGGCUGAACAACAAGGCUGUUUCCGUGGAGAUGCUCUCCCAGGAGGUCAAGGUUCAGGAGAGAGGGCAGGGUGGUGAUAUUGAGGAAGGGGGCCUGUCCGGCGCCAACCCGCUACGUAAGACAGACUCGUGCGACAGCGGCAUCACCAAAAGCGAGCUGCGCAUUGACCGGGCCGGAGAGGCGCGCACCCCCGCAGCCACCACCCCUUUCCUGCACAGUCCGCCCUCUGCGACAUCCCCUCACCCCUUCUGCCCCAUCCCCGAGCAAGCCUUGCAGGCGGCGUUGCAUGAGACUCGGCUGGAGCUCAGGGAGGACAUCCACAGUGUGUGCGGCCGUCUGGGGGCGUUGGAGGGUCAAGUGGCCGAGAUCAUCACACUUCUGUCGGACAAGCGGCGGUCGUCUAUGACGCCGCCAAUCGCCCCGGCCCCCACCCCCAAGACCAAAAUACAGCGGCAGGACAUUUUUACGGUUUCCAGGCCCGUCUCGCCUGACUCUGCAGACAGCUGAGCCAUUGAUGGGACGGAGCCAGAGCCUCUUGCGUCCUGGGUCUACUCACGUUGCUGCUCCAAACGUUAGCAUUUGCACACUGAUUGUACAUACCCGUCUUUGCACGUCCAGCUGGGUUCUGGCCACACACACUCAGUGCAUGCAGAGGAACAUCUUUUUGUCCAGGCGGACAUUCAGGGUCUAGUAGCACCACCAAGACUGAAGGAGCAUGUCCAAAGUCUGGUUUCCUCUCUUUGCCUGCGAUGUGAAACACUCCCAACAGGCAACUGAAAUAUUGAAGUCUCUUUUGUACAUUGAUUAAUAACCGUCUCUAUUUUUGAUGUCCACUCCUCAAAGCUCGUUCGGUUCGUGUCCGCUCACACCGAGCAGCGAAAGCGUCUAGCAACCAAGUUUGGACUUCACACACCUGAUAGCUAGUACGUUAUUUUUAUAUACAGUUCUAGAGUUGAACACAGCAUUAAGUACAAGUCAUUGAAGUAUCCUUCGCUGCUCUUUAGUGGGCUGUCAUUGAUCUCAGAGCUUUGAUUAGGAGCACCUCAAGGCUCCGGUUUAGAGCCCCUUUUGUAGUUCUUCUAUUUGAUAUAUAUAUUUAUAGCUUACAUGCACGCUUUAUGAGAUUAAAUGUUUGGCUUACCUCCAUCCAUCCAUUAUUAUUCCUGCGCUUAUCCGAAGCCGGGUCGUGCGGGCAGCAGCCUAAGCAGAGAAGCCCAGACUUCCCUCUCCCCAGCCACUUCGUCCAGCUCUUCCCGGGGGAUCCCGAGGCGUUCCCAGGACAGCCGUUUCCUAGGUCUUCCCCGUGGCCUCCUACCGAUCGGACGCCGCCUAAACACCUCCCCAAGGAGGCGUCCGGUGGGCAUUCUGACCAGAUGCCCGAACCACUUCAUCUGGCUCCUGUGGAUGUGGAGGAGCAGCUACUUUGAACUCGUCCCGAAUGACAGAGCUUCUCACCUUAUCUUUAAGGGAGAGCCCUGGCGUUUUGGCCGCUUGUACCCGUGAUCUUGUCCUUUCGGUCAUAACCCAAAGCUCAUGACCAUAGCUGAGGAUAGGGACGUAGAUCGACCGGUAAAUUGAGAGCUUUCCCUUCUGGUCCAGCUCCUUCUUCACCACGACGGAUCGAGGCAGGGUCCGCAUUACUGAAGACGCUGCACCGAUCCACUCUUCUCUCACUCGUGAACAAAACCCUAAGCUACUUGAACUCCUUCACCUAGGGCAAAAUCACCUCCACAAUCUAGGGAUGGCACUCCACCCUUUUCCCGGUGAGAACCAUGCGCUGAUUCUCACCCCAGUCGCUUCACCCGAUCCAGUGAGAUCUGAAGAUCCUGGCCAGAUGAAGCCAGCAGGACCGCAUCAUUUGUGGAGACCUCGUCCUGCAGCCUCCCGGCGAAGUCAUCUUGCUCGUUUUAAAGGCACAAAGCUGUAGUUCACACCCCAAACCCGUAGAGGGCGACAUAUAGGCAGCAGGUGUGUGCUGCUCCUGUAAGAAACAAGGUAGCGCUACGCCGGGGAAAACAUGACAAUAGUGAUGCAUAUUUCUCUCCAUUGGAAUCAGGAAAGGCGCCACCUGCUGGUUGUUUGUGCGGUGGACCUCUGCCACAGCGGGGGGCGCAAGUGCCUUGCUCAGCGGCUCCUCUGCAGCAUUUUCAGAGCAUUUCGACACUUUUAGAGGGUCGGAUGCGGUGCAGAGCUAUGCAACUCUUAUCGAUGAACACGAACCGAUGGUCACGGUUUGUUUAACAAUGCCUAUGCUUAUGAGGUUAUCCCGUCAGAGCGCCCCCUGCCUGUGUUUGAAGGAAGUUUUUAUUCACCGUCCAGACUCGGAUGUCAGGAUUUGGUCAUGGAGGCCCCUCGCUCUCUGUCCUUAUUGCUCCAUUUCCAAACGGUAGAGAAGCGAUUCAUUCCUGGGUGGAUCUCGCCUCUCUGUGGUCACAGUCGGAAUUGCCACAAAACACAUUUUAAGAUAUUUAAACACCAGUGGACAGUGUGCCACUCCAAAUUUGUCACUUUUCACGUGUCGGGUAAACCGCGAAGACUAGGGCCGUAUGAAUCCCCUUCCAUGCUAACACGCUAAACAGGAUUAUGAAUGCUACAAGCUGACUAUAAUCUUUACAUGAAGAUUAAAAAAAUAAUAAACUAGCGACGUUAGUGAAGCCGAGUUAGCGUUGUUAGCUCAUGAAGCCAGCGGCGUUUGCCCUCUUUUUCCUCUUCCAAACUUUUUCUUUGAGAGAGUUGACAUCUAAAUUAAAAACCAUACAAUUAUAUUUUGUUAACGUUCCAGAAAAUGACUUCCCUAAUAAUCAGAUGAAUUUGCUUUGAUGCCCAAAAAAACACAUUUUUUGUUCCUGCCUUCCACUGUUGAUCAAACUAAUUGAUCUUCCAACAUCCCAGAAUGUUCAUUCGAGGUCUGUCCUUAGAAAAUAUGAUACAAAGAACGUAUCAUUUUAGACACUUCUGACAAGCACUUGAAUGUUGUCUUUCUUUUUUAACAAAACAUCUUUCUAUUUACUGUUUUUUGUUGUUCAGACUCGACUGAAACUUGACUUGCUUCCUCCGCAUGUUUGCUGAGAGGUCAUCCAUGUUUGAGUGCAAGCAGAUGUUGUCUCAAGUGGAAUACUUCAUAAUCAAUCAAUGAUAAUAUUGAUAAUAAAUACACCCUGUAGAUCGGCGGUGGUUGUCAAACUUUUUCGCCAAGUAGCCCCUGAGAAAACAACAUGUCCCUCCAAGUACCACCAUAAUGACCAGCAUUCAAAUAAAGUAGCAAAAU